UUCUACGCAUAUGUGACGUGAAUACGUACAUAUUCGUCUGAUAAAUUAUACUGCAAUACAUGUGCCCAUACCGGAGUGGAUGGUAAUCAAAUUUACACUGAGUUCAAUACGAUAUGAACAUCGGGGAUCGAGGACUAAAGGACCUGAUAGCUCAUUAUAGUCAACCGUAUCAUCGCGCGUACACAGCAGCAUACUCUCCUACUGCAACACGCAGCCUUCAAGGAUAGUUGUGUAACGAAUAUCAACAUAUAAUAGAGUAGCGCUUGGUCGGAAGAGCGAAUCGGCAGUCCUUAUCCGCAAUGUACGCUAAAACUGCCGUAGAACUGGUGAGGCAUAUAAACCAGACACGCGAUGAGGUGGAGCUCAUCUUUCCGCCAUACGAGGGCGAUAUGAUUCGUCGAGUGGUCACUGAGAUCGAGGCGCACUUCAAAGAACGCCAGCGCUUACUCGAAUCCGAUGAAUUUCAAGCUAAUAUACAAAACCCUCCGCCCGAGUUCAUGUGCGCCGUACGGACACACCACGUGUGCAUGAUGAGGAAUCGUCGCUGCGUCAUAGCCUACCAACUGGAAAGGCUGAAGCGGUUGAGACGUGCGCGGUAUCGGUUUGGGAGUGUGCUGCCCAAUGACAUACGAAACAACUUGGGUGCGCCCGAGCGAGACUUCUUCCUGGCGUACGAUGAGAUACUCAACGACUACUCCACUGAUGUUAAUUUAGAUCUCGCUGCGAACCAAACACCGCCGGGAUCACUGUUUAUAGACGUGAGACCGCUGAAGAAUGUGGGCACCAUCAUGACAGAAAAUGGACCGCUGCGUCUCACGAUGAACAAACAGGAGAAUGUGCGCUGGUCAACCGAAAUCGAGGACUUCAUUCGCCAGGGCAUUCUGGAACGGGUGCACUCCACCAGCGGAUGAACCCCCCAACACACCUCCACAACACUCGACAGGUGUGGGUGUAAUGCACCUCUACAAUACUAGACAGGUGUGGAUGUAAUGCACCUCUACAACACUCG